AUGUCGGAAAAUUCUGAGAGCGAUAAAAUUUUCAAGAAAUCUCGAGGUAUUCAUAGUUCUUGGUGUCAAUUUCUUCAUAAUUUUUUUCAGCGCCACGUGGCGAAGCAUUAACACCGUGUUCGGAUAAAGAAUGGGAUGCAAGUGAUGAAGCAUAUGGUGCAGAAUUGUUGAAUGUCAAGAAAAAACCAGUGAGUUAUUGAUUUUUAUGCAGAAUUAUCAAUUGCUAACACAUCAAAAACAAUUUCAGAACCGUGUCAACGUGUUUUCGGCUUCGGAAAAACCAACAAGCGCAUUCGUUGUGCAAGAAGAGUUCUCUCCGAAAUCCAUCGAACCCGAACAGCCCGAAUUCCAUUCUUUGGCCAGGUUAAUUCAUAAAACUUGCGAAAUUUUGCUGAAAAAAACGACGGGAAACGCGAAAUUGCACAUAAGGAUGGAGUUUCCCGAUUCGAGAAAUGAAUGAACAUUUUGAAAAUCUUGUGCAUUUCGCGUUACUGUAAUAAAUCCGCUUCGGGUUUUUCUUUAAAAAUUGGACCUCGUCUGAUUUCUUUUUGGUUAUUCCUAUUAAGUCACUUUCGUCCGAUUCCAAACAUAUUCAAACUCUGGCCUCACAAGGAAACGUCACCACUAAAAACAUUUCUUGAAAAAAAUUCUCAAUUUUUAGAAAAUUCGCAUUGCACCAGAAUUUGUUAUAUGAGACUAUUUAUGAUUUCGAAAAUGUUUUUUUUCAAAAAUCCAAUUGGUCUCGUUUCAGAAAAAUGUCUUGGCGCAAUCGAAAAACAACAAAAUCUCAGAAUGGAAUAAAUUCAUUUUAUCUCACAAGUAUAUGA